UCGUUUUGUCCUACUGCAGCGAAUCCUACUGAAUCGAUUAGAAAACUAGACGCGUGCCCAGUAACGUCCUGGGUUAUAAAAGGUCCGCUUACUCUUCGCCGGAACAAGGGAAACUUUUAAUCAUUAACUGGAAAAUUUAUUAAAAUCUCAUCGAGUAGUGUUUUGUGCAAAGUUUGUGCUACACGUAAAUAUAUUUCGGUAUCAGAAUAAAAUUUGAUCUAUAAAAUGGCAGACGAUCUCACAAUCUCCGACCAGCUUAUCAAUAUUGAGAAGGACGAUGGCGUCAACGGGAAACCUGCAUCACCCACCAAAUUCGUCCCACUACCAGCUACGGCGAGCCCCACCCACGUUCAAAAACCUACUAUCAUGGAAAGCCCAUCGCAGAGUAAAUCUCUAUUAUGCAUAAUGUUUCAUACAAUGGAAGGAUUCAUUUACUGGAAAGAUCCUAAGAAGUCCGGUCCAGUAUUUGGAGGUGUAUUAGUAAUUCUCUUGGCUCUCACCUAUGCCUCCCUUAUUAGUGUAAUCGCUUACACGUCGCUUUUUGCCUUAACAUGCACUAUCUCCUUCCGAAUCUACAAGAACAUCAUGCAGGCCGUCCAGAAAACUGGCGAAGGACACCCAUUUAAAGAAUACUUGGAAAUGGAUAUGUCCUUAUCUCAAGAAAAAACCCAACAAAUAUUACAAGUCGCAGUGGCUCACUUAAAUGCCGCCAUGAUCGAAUUCAGGAGGCUCUUUUUGGUAGAAGAUUUAGUAGACUCUAUCAAGUUUGGAGUACUUUUAUGGGUACUGACCUACCUCGGUUCGUGGUUUAAUGGAAUGACCCUUCUAAUAAUGGCUUGGGUGGCUCUCUUUACUCUUCCAAAAGUCUAUGAAGUGAAUCAGGACCAGAUUAAUGCAAACUUGGAAAUCGCAAGAACAAAAAUGGCUGAAAUUACAACCAAGGUUAAGAUGGCUACUCCAUUUGGAAAGAAAGAUGAAAAAGUAGAGUAAAAACCAUACAGUAAGAAAAUAAAUUUAAUAAGUUUAAAGCUUCGUAUUUACUAUACUUAAUAUCAAAAGGUGUCGUUUUCUUUUCUAAAAAUUUAAAGUUAGAAAAAAAAUGUAUAUUAAAUCUGGUAUAAGUGAGUUUAAACUAGGUGUUUAAAUUAAAUUGACUUAAUGAGUCUAUAAAUACUAUAAGUACGCUUUACUAUGUUAUAGUUCACGACUUGCGAAUGUUGUUUUUUAAUGAAUUACGCGAUACACGCAUGUUUUGUAAAAUAUUUGAGAUAUAUUUUCUAUUUAUAAGCUAUAAAUUAUUAUUAUGUUUUAAGAAUUUAAGAUUUUAGUAAAUGUAUAUUAUUUACACCCUUCC